AUGCUGCAGCUGGUGCCCAGUUCCCAGGUCAGUGCGCCAGAACGGCUAGGGGCCUAUGAGUACUACGUGCAGCAAAUGCCGGGCCGGCCGCAUCCCUGCUACAUGCGCCGUGUGGCCCACGUGGCAGCACCCCGCAGCCUUUCUUUUAGCAGCACCAGCAACAGCAGGUUCAGCGGCGGCGCCCCAGGCGGCGAGGUGGUGCUGGAUGUGAAUGACCUGGCGGCGGUGCACGGCGAGUACGUGCAAGUGGGGCAGGUGAAACUGACUCGCUGUGGCCGCCACGUGGCCUUCACCCUGGAUGCGGGGGACGGGUCAGAGGCGUUCGGGGCGUUCACCCGAGACCUGCGCACCGGGGCGCUGCGCCACCUGGCCACCGUGGGCAGCGUGGUCAGCCUGGAAUGGGCUGCCGACGGGCGCACGCUGCUGUGCACACAGCCCAAUGGGCUGGGGCGGCCGUGGCGGGUGCUGGGAGCCGAUGCAGCGGCAGCAGCGGCUGGCGACGGCGCUGCCAGCUGGCCGCUGUUUGAGGAGGAGGAUGAGCGAUUCUUUGUGGAGCUGGGGCGCACCAAGGACUGGAGCUUCCUCACCAUCAACUGCAACUCCAAGGCCUCCUCGGAGGUGCAUCUGCUGCCCGCUGACCUGCGCGGCAGUGGUACAGCGGUGGCUGUUGGUCCACGCCUGGUGCAGCAGCGCACCCCCGGGCUGGAAUACUUUGUGGAGCACAGCUGCGGCCAGCUGUACAUCCUCAGCAAUGCGCGCGGGGAAACAAAUUAUGCUGUGUUUAGGGUGCCCACCUCCGUACCAGACCUGGGGCAAGUGCACUGGCAGCGGGUGGUUGGGGAGCGGGAGGCGGGGGGUGCCAUGGAGGACAUGGACAUGCUGGAGGGCUGGCUGGUGCUGUACCUGCGGCGCCAUGGCAGGCAGCAGGUGGCUGCUCUUCCCCUUGGGCAUGGCCUACCUCUGGUUGCACAGUCUAUCUCGGAGACCACAACGGCAGCAGCAGCGGCAGAGGAAGACCCGGCGGCAUCUGCGGGUGCAGCAGCGGGUGCAGCAGCAGCGACAGUGUCAGCGCUAGCGCAAGCGCCAGCCGAGGUGCUGCGGGUGGCUCCGCUCCCCGACUGGGCGCUGUCGGUGGUGGCGGGAGCCAAUGCAGACUACUACUCCAGUCACAUCCGCCUCCUGCUCUCGUCCCCGGUGCACCCAGAAGCAGCAUUUGACUGGCAUCUAGGCAGAGAGCAGCUGGCUGAAUGGCGAGGGUUGGCACCUCUGGGUGGGCAGCACCGGCAGCAGCAGCAAGAGCGGCAGCAGGAGCAGCCACCGGGGCAGCAGCACUGCGACACAGCAGCGACAAUGCCGCUCAGUCAGCAGCAGUCAUUGUCACCGCCUGGGUACAAAUGGCAGCAGCUGUGGGCCACCUCCCCAGACGGCACGCAGGUGCCUCUGACGGUGGCGCAUGCGGCGGCCCUGGCCCCCCCUGCUCCUUGUCCCUGCCUGCUAGUAGUCUAUGGCGCCUAUGGCCACUGCCUGCCCGCAGACUACCUGCCGGAGCGCAUCCCGCUGCUGCACCGCGGCUGGGUGCUGGCUCUGGCGCACGUGCGGGGCGGCGGCGAGCUGGGGCGGCGGUGGCAUGCAGCGGGGCGGGGCGGCGCCAAGGCCACCAGCGUGGACGACCUGGAAGCCUGUCUAGACCAUCUGGUGUCAGCAGGCUACACCGCUCCCGGGAUGGUGGCGCUGGAGGCGCACAGCGCAGGCGGGCUGGCGGCGGGGGCGCUGCUCAACCGGCGACCCAAUGCCCUCGGUGCCGCUCUGCUUGAAGCCCCCUUCGUGGAUGUCCUGUCGGCCAUGUGCCAGCCAGACCUGCCGCUGACUCGGCAUGAGUACGAGGAAUUUGGGGAUCCUGGAGACCCACACCAGUUCAACCAGAUCCGCGCACUGUGCCCCUACCAGACCGUGCGUCAGGCCGCCUAUCCUCCAGUGCUGCUCACCUGCUCUCAGCAGGACAUGCGGGUGCCAUACUGGGGACCCCUGAAGUUUGCGGCCCGGCUGCAGGCGGCGGCUCGGGAGGGGCAGGCCGGCAGAGUGCAGGGCGGCCCCAUCUUGCUGCUGCCAGACGGGCAGGCCGGACAUUUCGUGCACGAGCGGGACCUGUUUCAAACCAAGGCCCAGCAGUAUGCCUUCCUCGUCACCGCGAUUGAGGGCCGUCUGUAA